AUGGCACAGACCCGACUCCUCGCCGACAAGGUUGCCGCCAUCACGGGGGGCGUGACGGGCAUCGGCCGCGCCAUCGCGCUCGAGUACCUGCGCCAGGGCGCCCACGUCGCCGUCAACCACCUCGGCGACGACGCGUCGGCGCGGCAGUUUGAGGAGAUGCAGAAGGAGGCGGAGGCGGCGGCGGCGGCGACCGUCACCGGCGCCGGCAGCGGCAACGGCAACGACCGCCGCCGCCUCAUCGCCGUGCCUGGAGACAUUUCCAAGCCCGAGACGGCCCGGCGGCUGGUCGAGCGGACGGUGGAUGAGUUUGGCCGGUUGGACGUGUUCGUCAGCAAUGCCGGCGUGUGUCGGUUUGCUGAUUUCUUGGACCUCGACACCGAACACUGGAACUUCACGCUCAACACCAACCUCGGCGGCGCCUUCCACGCCACGCAAGCCGCGGCGCGGCAGAUGGCAUCCCAGGGCCACGGCGGCUCCAUCAUCGGCGUCUCGUCCAUCUCCGCGCUCGUCGGCGGCGGCCGCCAGGCGCACUACACGCCGACGAAAGCCGGCGUGCUCAGCCUGAUGCAGUCGUGCGCCUGCGCGCUGGGGCCCCACGGCAUCCGCUGCAACGCGCUGCUGCCGGGGACCAUCCGCACCCAGCUCAACGACGAGGACCUGGCCGACCCCGAGAAGCGGCGGUACAUGGAGGGCCGGAUCCCGCUGGGGAGGACGGGCGAGCCCGCCGAUUUGGCGGGCCCGGCUGUGUUUUUGGCGAGCGAUUUGAGUCGUUAUGUGAAUGGCGCGCAGUUGCUUGUGGAUGGAGGGUUGUUUGUGAAUCUUCAGUAG